UAGCCAGGCUAUCCAAAAAUCGUGACCAAACCUCUUUCCUGAAUGCAACUUUAGUAUAUUAGCAGAAGUGCGGUUAUGCAAGUUGAGUUCCACAUGAAAUAUUCCACUAAGAAGCACUGUGAAAUGAAUGGAGCAAGUAUAUUGUCUGAAAUAUCUUGUUCUUACAAGAACGCAUGAGUGUUCUUACAAGUGACCAUCAUUAUCAGCUUUAUUUUAAUAUCGUAUUAUAGAAGACUAUAUGUUGUGUAUCCAUGUCGACCGAAGAAUCUGAACGCGUUUUCAAGAUUUAAAAGUGUUGUGUGGGUUUUCAUAUUAGUAAUGAACCGGUACUUAGAAGACACGUGUGCGUGCUUGUGAUGGAUUUUUUUUGCUAUAAAUACGGCCUCCCGCCAAGGUAUGUAGUAAUCAAAUCGCAGGUUCUGAUUGAGCUUAUAUUGUUUGGUUAUCUGUCUUGAUCAGAAUCGGCGUAUAUUAAUAUAUAAAAAGAGAGAGUAAGAGUAUAUAUGGAGAUGGUCGUGAGAAGGGGUUGGGUAAUGGCAUUUGUGUUGGUGUUACUGAUGUCAACCCAAGUGUUGGGAAAAUUAUCUGGUAUAGGUGGUCGUGGCAGCGGCAAAAGCGGGCAUUAUAUACAUGGAGCAGGCGGUGCUCGUGCUGUUGUCGGGGAUGGUAUAAGAGCUCAAGGUGGUUCCAGCGGUGGUUUUGCAGCCGGAGAUGGAGGUGCAAGUUCUAAUAUAAGAACGGGAGGAGGAGUUGUUGGUGACGGAGGUGGAAAAAGUGUUGGUAGCAUUGUUAGAAAUAAUGCCGGUGGUUCUAGAAAAGGUGAUAGUGGCGUUAUUGGAAGUGGAAGAAACCGUAUAGAUGGUACUUUUCAAGGUGAAAUAGGCGUCAUGUAUGGUGUUAGUGGUUUCGUUAGAAGAGGCGGUCACAGGCGAGUUGUAGGAAGUGGUGCUAGAAGAGGUGAUCACAAAGGAGUUUCUGAUAGCAUUGUUGUAGGAAUUGGUAAUAGUGGUGCUGCUGGAGGUACUACAACUAGUAGCGAUACGUCUAGUGGUGAUAUUAGUGGUGCUGGUGGUGCCGGUGGUGCCAGUGGUGCCGGUGGUGCUGGUGGUGCCAGUGGUGCAGGGGGAGCUAGUGGUGCCGGUGGUGCUAGUGGUGCUGGUGGUGCCACUGGUGCUGGUGGGGCAAGUGGUGCUGGUGGUGCUAGUGGUGCUGAUGCUGGUGGUAGUGGUGGUGCUAGUGGUGGUGCUAGUGGUGGUGAUAGUGGUGCUGGUGGUGCAAGUGGUGCUGGUGGUCCUAGUGGUGCGGGUGGUCCUAGUGGUGCGGGUGGUCCUAGUGGUGCUGGUGGUCCCGGUGGUGCCAGUGGUCCUGGUGGUGCUGGUGGUGCCAGUGGUGCCGGUGGUGCUGGUGGUGAUGAUGGUACUAGUGGUGCUGGUGGUGUUAGUGGUGCUGGUGGUGCUAGUGGUGCUGGUGGUGGUGCCAAUGGAACUAAUGUUGUUGGAGAUGGUCUUAGUGGUAGUGUUGGUGGAGAUGGAACUGCUACUAGUACCGAUGUUUCUAGUGGUAGUAUUAGUGGUGCUGGUGGUGCCGGUGCUGCUAGCGGUGCCGGUGGUGCUGGUGCUGCUAGCGGUGCUGGUGGAGCUAGUGGUGCUGGUGGUGCUAGUGGUGCAGGGGGUGCUACUGGUGCUGGUGGCGCAAGUGGUGCUGGUGGUGCUAGUGGUGCUAAUGCUGGUGGUACUGGUGAGAGUGAUGAUACUAGUAGUGAUGGCGGUGCUACUGAUACUGGUGGUGCAAGUGGUGCUGGUGGUACUGGUGGUAGCAGUGGUGCUGGUGGUUCUGAUGCUGGUGGUAAUGGUGGUUCUAGUGGUGCUGGUAGUGCUAGUGUUGGUGCUAGUGGUGCUGGUGGUGGUGGUAGUGGUGGUGCUAGUGGUGCUGGUGGUGCUACCGGUGCUGGUGGUGCUGCUGGUGCUGGUGGUCCUAGUGGUGCUGGUGGACCUAGUGGUGCUGGUGGUACUGGAGGAGCAAGUGGUUCUGGUGGUGCCGGUGGAAGUGCUGGUGCUGGUGGAAAUGCUGGUGCUGGUGGAAAUGCUAGUGCUGGUGGAGGUGCCCAUGCUGUUAAGUUUGUUGGUAAUGUUGUUUGAAACAGCGUUGGUAGUUAUGUUGAAGGUGGUGCCACUGAUAUUGUUGGAAGCGGAAAUGAUUCGAAAAGGUGUAGGUGGCGUUGAGUUUUAAGAAAUUCUAGCAUGUAAUGCACGUACGCUUUCAUGCAUUCUCUUUCCUUCUUGCUUUUUUUUUUUUUUUUUGUCAAAGUUCUUUCUUGCUUAUUUUGCAUGCAUUCCCAUUGUUAUCACUUAUGAAGUUAAUCUUGUUUUCCUUUGUACUAGUAUAUGAUAUCAAUAAACUCUUUUCAUAAGAUGGA